CUGCCCCCUCUGGCACUCCGUGCGGCUCUCGGGCGGCGGCGGAGUUUAUUGCCGCUCCCUGGGCCGCCCCCUCCGCUUUCGGCCGCGGCGGCUACGAUGCCUCAAGAUGGCGGAGGCGGCCGAGUUGAAGGAGUCAGAGUGCCCACUGCCAUCAUUGCCCACUGCCAGACCCUGGAAUAUGCAGUUGCCCCUGCACAUGGUUAUGAGCUUUAGAGUGUCGGAGCUGCAGGUGCUUCUGGGUUUCGCGGGCAGGAACAAGAGUGGGAGGAAGCAUGAGUUGCUCACCAAGGCCCUGCAGCUGCUGAAGUCUGGUUGCAGCCCGGCUGUUCAGAUGAAAAUCAAGGAGCUGUACCGGCGACGGUUCCCCCGGAAGAUCCUCACCCCCUCGGACUUAUCCAUGCUGCACCUCCAGGCGGGACAGCUGCCCUCCACGACGACGCUGACCCAGGGCACCAUGUGCCACUUGCCCUAUGACAACGGGUCAGUGACCUCUGGGGUACCGGUUGGCAUGUUGCCCCCGGUGCCUAUGUUGGGACCCAAGCAUGAGGCGGACGUCCCACACCUAUCUCCCCCCAUCCACCCGGUUCACCCGGACGUGAAAAUGCGGCGAUUGCCCUUCUACGAUGUAUACGACGAGCUCAUCAAGCCCACCACGUUGGCGUCUGUGAACAGCCAGAGGUUUGAGGAGGCUCACUUCACCUUUGCCCUGACUCCUCAGCAGGUGCAGCAGAUCCUUGCCUCUCGCGAUAUCUUACCUGCUGCCAAAUGUGACUACACCGUCCAGGUACAACUGAGGUUUUGUUUGUGUGAAACCAGUUGCCCGCAAGAAGACUAUUUCCCACCCAAUUUGUUUGUCAAGAUCAAUGGGAAGCUCUGCCCUCUUCCGGGUUAUCUUCCCCCCACCAAAAAUGGGGCAGAGCCCAAGCGGCCCAGUCGACCCAUCAACAUCACCCCUUUGGUACGGCUUUCGGCCACCGUCCCCAAUACAAUCGUCGUGAACUGGUCUUCUGAGUUUGGCAGGAAUUACUCCCUAUCAGUUUAUUUGGUGAAACAGUUGACAUCAGUGACACUGCUACAGAAACUGAGAGCCAAGGGCAUCCGAAACCCAGACCACUCACGAGCCCUGAUCAAAGAAAAACUGACGGCCGAUCCCGACAGCGAGAUAGCGACAACGAGCUUACGAGUUUCUCUCAUGUGUCCGCUGGGCAAGAUGAGGCUCAUCGUCCCCUGCCGAGCUUUCACCUGCACCCACCUGCAGUGCUUCGAUGCAGCCCUUUACCUUCAGAUGAAUGAGAAGAAGCCCACCUGGACCUGCCCUGUCUGUGACAAGAAGGCCCCCUACGAGGCCUUGAUCAUUGACGGGUUGUUCAUGGAAAUCCUCAACUCUGUCACAGACUGUGAUGAGAUCCAAUUCAUGGAGGAUGGCUCCUGGUGCCCCAUGAAGCCCAAGAAAGAGAACCAGGAGGUUUGCCAGCCAUCUGCUUACAACGGGCUGGAAGCCUCGCUGUACACAGUGGGCUCUGAUGGGAAGCAGCUGGCCGAAGGCAAGAAGAAAGUGGAGGUCAUCGACCUCACGCUGGACAGCUCUUCGGACGAGGAGGAGCCCCCCGCCAAGAAGCCCUUCCCACUCACCACUGCGGCCAUCCCGUCUGCAGCGGGACCCAAGGGAGUAUUAAGCCCUGACCACCAGCCCUCCUCGGUGCUGCGCAGCCCCCCGAUGGCCACUGUGGGGAGCGACUACCUCUCCAGCCUUCCGCUCCCCGACUACCACCCUUACCAGGUCCCCUCGGACAUCCAAGGUCUGGAUUUGUUUUCCUUCCUUCAAAGUGAAAAUCAGCAUUACAGCCCUUCCGUGAUCACCUCCCUGGAUGAGCAAGACACCCUGAGCCACUUCUUCCAGUAUCGUGGCACCUCACCCCAUUUUAUGAACUCCCUCGCCCCUGUGGUGGUGGGGUCCCAUGGCACCGUGGGCUCCCCCACCGGCAGCAGCAGCCGCAUGAGCAGUGUUGUCUCUUCGCCCACCACGGCCUUGCGGGAAAGCCACGUGCACAGUGGCACCGUGGGGGGCAGCCCCAUCCUGCCAGGGUGCCGGCCGGAUAUCAUCUCUCUAGACUAAAAGCCUGCGGCAUAGAAGAUAACCUUUCCCUACAGGAGGUGGAAUCGUCGUUCCCCCGCUGGAGCGAAACAAGGAAAAGACUGAAUUCCAUCAAGCCUAUUUCUUGCAAAGAGACAAAUCGGGCAAAGGUCUUUCUCUUGUUUUCCUUCAGGGCUCUUUUUUUUCAUUCUGCAGUUCUGCUCAAGGUUUGAAAAAUGAUGGAAUUGGCUCAGGACAGUUUGGAGGGCCCAAAGAAUCUCGCUUUUUCAUUUGGCCUUGGAGCUGCUGGGGAGUUUUGAGCUGGUGGAGUCCGAAAAGCCCUGAAGAACUGGGGAAACAAGAUUUAAUUUCAGUCAUGGGAGAGUCGAGUUCCAGGUCCCCACGGCUUAACGGAAGCAGGAUUAUUUAUGCAAAAUGAGGCAAAUGAAGACUCGUCAACAUAUAAUCUGAGUUGCAAAUUCCACAUAUAUAUAUAUAUAUUUAGCAUGAAGCCUGGGUUUCUUCUGUCCGGGAUUUGAAUGCAGAAUCCUCAGAAUGCCAGAGAAAUCAAGGCAACUUUAUCAUAAGCACGAAUAAAUUUGGUGUUUGGGCGCAGCUCAUACUCAGCACAUCGCCAGCUCCAGAACAAACGACCAGAGAUCCCAGGCAGGUUACAUUGGACCAUUUCAGACUGGCAUUAAAAAAACAACAAAGUGGAAGUUUGAUAGAAUUCUUUGUCAGGGAAGGACAUACUUGUAUGUGCCCGAUGAAGGGCUAACGUGAGACUUGAAAGCAGUGUACUAAUUUGCCAAAACCAAAGCCCCCCCCCUCCCAAGCAGAUUUUUAACAGACUCAACCAGUGAGGGCAUAGCAGGAAACUCACUUCCACAGUGAGGAGUCGCAGGUUCCAGCCGAGAGAGUUCUGCCACAUAUAAAACAGAUUUCUCAAAAAUCCUCCAUGUGCACAAACUUCUCGAGAUUAUUGCACUCGAGAGAGCCUGGCGGCAAGCAAAAAAGAAAAAGAAAAGUUCUUUUACUCAUAAUGAAGAUGAAGUAGAAGCCCGGGAUGAGCUUUGGAGCAGCUCAAGGACUCAAAAGGACUGAGGAACAGAGAUUCCACUUUCCCUGCUGACUUUCCCGCUUUGGGGACUUCUGUGACUGCUUUCUCCUCUUCUCCUGGGCGGCGUGCGCACUUGAUGGGAGCCGCGGACCCAUCGCAGGGAACACUUUCUUGACUUUUUGUCCUAGGUUCCUGCUUAGGAGCUGUGCUUCCUUGACAUUCAGACUUAGGCUAACGAUGCAGCCCCAGGGGACGCUUCCGAAACCAGCAUGCCCUUAAAAAUCCCGUGAUUUGCGCCCCCCCCCCCGUGUGUCUGUCCUCCUCCCCUCCAUCACCAACAUCAGCUGCGGACCUGCCCAUCCUCGAGACUGUUGUUACCACAGUGUAUUUUUCUAAAGCUGUAGAUCUAGGGUUCCCGUCCCCACUCCUCUUAAAGUAUUUCCUGCC